CGCCAUCAAUGUUGGCUCAUCGACACAACCGGACGAUGCUAAAGUCGCCCAGAAUCAGAUGCCAGAUCCAGAAGCUCCACCACCUACUACAGCGCCCCCCACUUCGGAGAAGCCUAUGCAGCGUAUUCAACAUGGCAACAACUGGUUUGUCCGGAGAAACGUUGUUGUUUCCUCCCUAAAAAGGAACGACCCAAGACCUGUGGGGCUAGAAAUGGCCAGUCUUGACGUUUCCCGAGCACCGUCCCUUCGAAGGUCACUUUCCCUGCUCAACCAAAAUACUUGGCAAAAACGCUUGCCCGAGACUGUGGACCGAAAUAUAAUACUGCAUCGAUUUCUUGUCGACAGUAGCCAGGCAUCUGUUCAUGCUAAGGCGCGGGGAAGCACCCUCACUCGCGAGUCGAACGAUGUGAGCAUAUCGCUCCCAAAGCGUCCAGUUCAAAUCAAGCGGAAGUUGAAGAAACGUACUCCCAUUAGAUUGGAUGUUAGCACCACUGGAGAUACGGAUCCACCGAUCCUGUCCAUGGAUCUAGACUCUAGGAGGGUGCAAGGGGACGAUGCACAUCCCAGCAAAGGAGUCUCAAAGGGACUAAGCGGUUUUCAACGCUCGUACUCUACGGAUUUUGGAAUCACUCCUCUGUGCCUGGGAACCUUUUUCCACGAAUCUUCGUUUAUCGGAAGUGGAGAAUUCAGUCGCUCGCUUGAGAUCGGCAAGCGUGAUCUCGACCAAGAUGCUGGCAUUUUUACUGCGAAUGUUGGGAAUCGAACUUUUCGGUGGGGACCUUGGAACGACGCUGUUUCCUCUGAACUUGGCAUUGCAUUUGAGAACAUACUCGAGGAAAUGGAAAAGAGCGACACGAUGUCUACAGAGGCGGCCCCUGAAAACGCACACGAUCGCACCUGCAUUAUAUACAGGACCCUUGUCAAGUACGUUACAGAGGCUCUAACGUUCAUCGAUCCUAUCGAUAGAACAGGCUUUAUAACGAGGGCCCAUGCGCUUAUCUCCAAGGUCAAUGAUCAUUUAACCGCCAUGAUCUCGCCGACAGCUCGAGGGACAGAGUCUCGUAUGAGAAUUGCUUCUUACAACGUGGCAUUCGCCAACUUAACAUACCAGAUAGCUUGUCAUAACCUCGUUAAUCACAGCGUGGCAGAGGAGCUCUUGGAACUCGUGAGGUCAGUUUCCAAGCAAGCCUUUACAGCUAUCUCGAGCGAAGUAGGGGAAAUCAAUAUUCGCAAAUUUCUCGAAGAUAACAAGGUGUGCGAACAACGCGAUAAAGGGGUCCGAGACGAAUAUCCAGCCGUUGAGGCCUACGUCAUUGUUCGGCAGAUAUUGUACAGUACGGAAAAGCUGAAGCGCUGCUUUGAAGAGCUCAUUGCCGACUCUUUGUUGGCAAUCGGCGACCAGAGCAAUACAAAGAAUAUUGGUUGCUUAGAAACGAGGUGGCAUUGGCUAUUUACUACGCUACCGUUAGACGAAAUUGACGCUCUUGGAAUCGCCCGGAUUGGAUCACGCUUCAGGGAGACUUGCAACAACUGGAAAAUAGUGAAACAAUUGCUGUGCCCUGUUUUGGAAAGCUAUGAGCCCAAUACUUCAGCAUCUAUCUCCUAUAACUCUUACUGCCGAGCUUUAUUUCACAGAUGCUUCCAUCUUAUCAACGGCUGGGGGUGGAGGGAUUGCAAACUAAUUUUAGAUACGCUCUACGAUUUCUUUGCGAUGAACACCUUGUACAAUCUGAAACAGGAAGAGAACUACACGUCUCCCUCGUUUUUGGAUGAGCUUGACCACAACCCAUCCCUUGACACCACCCCGAGUGACCCAUGCUUCCAUAUCUUUAUAAAGAUCAUUGCAAGUGGCUUGCGCUUCUUGUCCAAGAGGUAUGAUAAGAAAAAAGUACGGAAUUUCGCUUGGCGUCUAUUACCAAAUCACGGCCGAGUAUACCCAAAAGAACAGCCUAUCCACCAGGCAGAUCUAGAUGCUCUAAGAAACCACCACGAUCUGCUUUGCGCGUUAUAUUACGCGGUCCCAGAUGGGUGCCGACCUCGAUUAGAGGCCAUAAAGAACCUUGUACAUCCUGCCAAUUCCCACCGCGAGACUUGCAAUAUCAGCAUUCGAUCAUGGGCCAGACUUGUGCGCUUCAAGUUGACGACGGACGAGGAUGUAUCUGGGUUAGAAGCAUUUGCUGAUUGGCAUAGUUACUUUGUCAGCGAAUUCAUUAAACAGCACAUGCUUGCUCGAAGAGAGAUAGAAGCGCAAAACACAAAGGACAAUCAGUUCUCUCGCCAGUUGAUCGAACGGACGAUUUCACAGAAUCAGAGACAGAUCGAGUCUCUACUGAAGACGGCCCUGAAUAACUUACAGAACGCUAUUCAAUCGGCCCCAACACUGGAACACGCCCAUAGACUAGUUUCUAAGUCGCCUAUCAGUGUAAUAUUGGGGCUGUUCAAUCCUAGGCUUGCUCGUGUCAAUACGACAGUGUCAGAGGCUCUACAGAUGUUAAAGGCCUAUGUUCAGAAGUGCAACUCCGCCUCUGCUCCUGUAUCAACAAGCCCACCAGCGCCAGUGGAUGAAGAUAGCCAAGAGUAUGGAGAUUGGACUGACAUCGAGGCAAUGUACGGAAAUGAGUUUUCUCCCGCUACCCGUCCCCAAGGAAUUGAAUACAUGGAAAAGGUCCUUCACCCAGCGGUAUCUCAGCUUGUCUCUAACAGUUUUGGUGAGGAUCACUGCCCGGAAGACGCAAUUCUCCUAAAUGUUGUCGAUUGUUGGACUUCUAUCGCCCAAGUGCUUGUGAAAAAUGGGUUCCGGCAUUGGGAUAACUAUCUUAACCUUUACGAUGGCGAUUCUUGGGCCGUGCUUCGAAAGACGGUGCAAACUAGAAAGUUCACGCCUAAGUUUCUGGCAAGCUGCAUUGAAAAGGAUGCUCGAUUCAUGUCUGAAUGCAAAAUGCAAGUCCUCGGGAUGUGGAUGUCGAGCUUAGUUGAACGAGUAUCGAUGUUGAAAUUCCAACACUCUUUAACUGAGGCGUUGUUGAAUUGCGAUCCGAACAAUAAUUUGUUGCAGAAUUUACCCUUCUCUGUGGAUAGAAAGGAUGGUCGAUACUCAAUCACGCUGGAAGAACUCAGUCAACGUCGGUUGUCUUUGAUAUCAAGUCUACUGUCAAACAUGCGCGCACACGUCCAAGACCUGGAGAUUACAGCAAGUAGAGCGCUUUCAACUGAGAAGCAAGAGUACCGUGAACUCAUCCAGACAAUGAUGUCCUCAAUGAAGGCAAAUUAUCAGGAGCUGGGCAACAGCGCAGCAAGUGCACAAGGGGCUUAUGUGGACUUUGUCCACCGGAUUGUCGGAUUCUUACAGCAGCACACGAGGGAUAUCUGUCCCGUUGACCCGUUCUUUACCGAUCCAACCUCGUUUCCUUUGCCUUCAACCGACCCGACGUAUAUCGUUGCACGGUUGAAGGGCUAUGAACCGAAGCUCUCAUCUGAAAAGGUCGCAAAGACCUUGAUCAUGUUCAUCCAGGGCAUUUCAGAGCGAGCGGCUAUAGACGGUCAGCAGGUCUACCUUGUCGACCAGUUGCAAACUUCCAUAGCACAUACUUAUGAAGCGGGAGAUCCGGCUAGGCCAACCCUCAGGGCUACCCUGUUGCAGUCCGUGUUUCCAGCAUAUCUUCAGAUGGCUUUCACCACCCCCGGUGCAUGGCUUCUGAGUCAACCGAUCAUACAGACUAUAUCCCACACUUUCAAAGAGUUGCUCUUCCAUAUAGACACCGCAGAUACGAACUGCAUUGCAUCAGUCGUGGGUAUUUUCAGCUCGGUCUUCCAGGCCUCGUACCAUGCUCUGCAUAGCAUCGUCGGCAAUACCGACAUGCUCAAAGAACCCCCAGUGGUAGUCACGGUUGCUUCUUUCAUCGAAAUGAUAACGUCUUCUCUGCGAGUCGUGGACUACAUUGAUCGAGCCACCGACGCUGGUGACAACAUCAUAUCCCAGAUACACGCAUUCCGGCAGUUCAUACUGUUCAGCACAUCCUUCCUACAUGACCAACUCCUCAUAACUGAACCUGAAAACAUCCCUCACCCAUCCAACAUCUUCACAACCGAAAACACACCUACCAACGCCCCAAAAUUCUUCAACGAGAUCCGCAUCUCAGCAACGCGCGAACUCCAGACCUACAUCAAUGAGAGUUGGUCCAGACACCAAGGCAAAUACUACUUCACUCGACGUGGCGGCCACCAACCGCAGGAGGUAAACCUCGAGCCAUCCAUGGUUGCGAAUUUGGAAAAUUUCCCGUUGGCGAUCUUCGAUGAUGCUGCUCGGAAUUUCUUGGAUACGCUACGGGCUCUUGACUCAUUUGAUACUUUCCAUUAAGAGUGCAUUCCACUUUCACCAUUAUCUAUUGAAGCUAAUUAUGGCGUAUUUUUUUUAAUAAGAGGCGUAUGUGGUUUGUUUGGUACGGUCUGCACAUGGUGUCUUUGGUUUGGAUGGAAUUGAUGAACUACCGAAAUCAUAUCAUAACUCAUAGCAUGAACCAUGUAUGUAUGUAUGUACUUUAGUGUUUGUUUGUAUGGUUGGUUGCAUAGAAGGGAGCACAUCCAAUGAAUUGUUUAAUGACCACUUUCAUUCGUCAAGCAUGGCGUCCAAAACAUGCGUCUUCAAUAUUCAUGCCAGGAGAUCAAUCGCAUUAUACAUACACGGAGGGGAACAUUCAAGGAAGGAGUAGGAUCAUUGCGCUCUGACGUCACGUCAAUCAUACAUAUCUCAAAUAUUAUCAAUAGUACACUGAUAAAUGUCGACAUUCACA